GUAUAAGUGACAGCCACAGACGGAAAAGGUGCAACAGUAGGCUACAGCAGUGAAUCCAAUGCAAUAGAAGAAUAACACCUGAAGUGCGAAUACCACAGAGGGAACCCUGUUCCGAACAAGUUUUGCAGUAUGGGAAUAUCUUCCUCCAGCCUUCUGGAUGAGAGCAAAUCCAACUUUGUGAGAGGCCAAGCAGGUGCGACGUUGAAGGACUUCAGCCCUUUCUACAAGCAUCAGUACCUGGUGGCCUUCUUCUCCAAGGUUCAGGAUGAUGUGGAGCAGAAGAAGACGGGCCAGACCCAGCUGCUCAAACAGAGGGAGCCCCCAAAGCCUGCAGAGAUCCUGUAUGAGGAGAAUGUACUGUUCUUUGAUGAUACCAGGAAGUGGAAGGAGCGGUUUGUGGUGGUGCGAGCCAACUACAGUCUGGAAUGCCAUGACAGCUAUGAGACAUUUGUGAAAGGUGUACAACCACGGUACAGGCUCCUUCCAACAGGGGGCACUGUGCUGACGUCAGAGGACAAGUACAUGGUCUUGGUGGAUAAGUUGUGCCCUGACCUUAACAACGUGAAGGAGGAGUUUGCCCCUCCCAUGGCAACCGUGCCUGGGCAGUUCCCGGUCUACCUGAGGCUGCCGUACCGCCGGGACUCCUACUUCUGUUUCCGGGAGGAGGCCCGUCGCUCCCGGUUCAUCUCCGUCCUGACCGACUGCAUCCGACACCAGAACCAAGAUUUCCUAGGGAAGCCGGCUUGUGAGGUGCUGGCUUUCCGGAAGGCGAUCCGGUUCCUCAGACAGGAGAAGGAUCUCUAUCUCUCAUGGGACAUGCUGAUCGGCAGUGACGUGAGGGUCUUAUCCAACCUGGUGAUGGAGAAGUUGUUGCCCACUCUGCAGACUGAAAUGUUGCCUCGUCUGAAAGGAAGGAAGACGGACAGGAAAAAAGCAUGGUUUGCUACGGUGGAGGCCGCCUACAUCCUGGUCCAGGAGCAGCUCCUGAAGGGGCUGUCGGCUCUGAAGCAGGAAUGCAGGGCGGCGGCCAAGCAGCAGGAGGCCCUGAUCCGCUCCAACAUGGACCAGAUCAUCUCCUCCCAGGACUUCCUGGCCGGGAAGCUGAGAGCCGUUGUGACGGAGCCAGCGGAGAGGUUCUGCUCGGAGCAUGUGCGGCCGCACCUGGCGCCCGUCCUGGAGGAGCUGAUGGGGCCGGUGAGCGCGGGCUUCCAGGAGACGCGGGCGCUGUGCGAGCGCCACAUGAGCCAGCUGUGCCAGGACUUCCAGGAGAGCCGCAGCGCCGACGAGCUCAAGCUGGCCCUGGGGCAGCUGCGGAAGACCGAUCUCCAAGGCUGCUACGCUCACGUGGACGUCCUCCAGGACCAGCUGCAGGAGCUCCAGAGCCGCUACGGCUUCUCCAACUGCCCCGGCCUGGUGCACAGCACGCAGAUUGACAUGCAGCAGCUGAUGAGGAACGCAGUGUACACAUUUGAGCAGCUCCUGCUCACCACCCUGACAGACAAUCCUGCAAAGCCAGGCUCUGCCAUGGAAAAGGCCAAGCAAAGAGUCUUGAAGCAAUACGACUAUGACAGCAGCACGGUGAGAAAAAGGAUCUUCCAGGAGGCCCUGUUGGACAUGACUCUCCCUGCCAUUAAGAAGAGCCUGGCUCCCACAUGCAAACCAGAACUGCAGGCCUUUGAUCAGUACAUCUUUGCUGAUUAUUCAAAUUUCAUACAAGUGGAAAAUGUAUAUGAAGACAUUCUGUUGCAGACAUUGGAAUGUGAAGUCAGCAAAGUGGUGAAUGAGGCUGCCAGUCUGAAGAAACACAACCUAUUUUUGGACGGCACUGACUUACGCCUCACAAGCCAGUCCAGCCUGAGUGAAGGCCCGACCCCGCCUGGAUCCAUGCCUGCCAGCCCUGUUAAGAGCGCCCAAUCACUGACCCCCACCUCUCCGCUGGGAAAUGGCCAGCUAGUGGCUCCAGAGCAGGGGGACACAUCCGGUGUAACAGAGAAAGAGCUGGUUGAGAAUGGAGAAAAUCAAGUCACAACUGAAACAGUGAAUGGGGGCAUGCAUAUCACUCCUGAAACUGAGGAGAUUACAUCUAGCACAGCUGAAGCUGAAAAACAGGUAACACCUAGCACACCUGAAGCUGUGGAGAUAGCAUCUAGCACAGCUGAAGCUGACAAACUGGUCACACCGAGCACACCUGAAACUGAGGAGAUUACAUCUAGUACAGCUGAAGCUGAAAAACAGCUCACAUCUAGCAUACCUGAAGCUGAGGAUAUUACAUCCAGCACAGCUGACGCUGACAAGCAGGUCACACCGAGCACACCUGAAACUGAGAUUACAUCUAGCACAGCUGAAGCAGACAAGCAGGUCACACCUAGCACACCUGAAGCUCAGACGGUAAUUCUGCCUAGCCCACCUGAAUCUAAGACGGCGAUUAUGCCUUGUGAAACUGAGAAGGAGCUCACUCCUAGCACAGCUGAAAUUGAGCAGGAGAGCAAACCUGACACAGCAGAGGUUGAGAAGGAAAGCACACUGAGCAGUGGUGAAACUGAGGAGGGCAUUCCCAGUUUAGCCCAAGUAGAAAAAGAGGACACACCCACUGCGGCAGAGACAGAGGAGGACAUGCCAAGUGCAACAGUAGCAGAAGAGGUUGCACCCGCUGCAGCUGAACCGACAGAUAAAGACGUCAUUUGCACAGCUGCGGCAGAGCAAGAGGAAGUAGUCAGUGUACCUGAGACACCGGCAGAGCCAGCCGCUGCAGCCACCUCACUGCAGAGUGUCGAGCCCCUACCAAGCCCCAGCACUGACUCUGCUGGUGCGGAAAACCCUGAUAUGGACGGUAUGGUGGCUGCCAGUUCCAGUCCUCCUUCGGCCGAGGCUGCCACAGGCACAGACAGCCCAUCAGUGCUCGUGAUUGACAAGGCUGAAGAGAAUGAAGACAGCAAUGCUGUGGCUGACCCAGAGGAGGCCUCCACAGAUGCUGUCACAGACCCUGGAGCGCCCUCUAUGGGCUCCGCUAAUGCUGAGGGGCCCAAGGUCAGUGUCGACUCCCCAGAGGCGGGCGGCGAUACUGGAGCCAUGUCCGCUGAGGGCUCCGAGGAUGAUGACGCUGCCUGGUCCACCACCGACGAGGUCACGGAGAGUGACGUUUCCCUGACCUCCGACCCCACGGUGGAGGGAACGGGCGCCAUCCCAGAAACCCUCGACGCCGGCCCCGUUUCAGAGGCUACGGAACCCGAAGCGAGCAUCGACCCCGUCCCCACUGCCGAGAAAGCAGAAGGGGGUGCCGUUACCGUGGGAGACCAGCCCUCCGCAGAGCCUACGGAGAACGCCCUCCCCACCGCCGCGGUCUCCCCCACAAUCAGCUCUCCGGCCGAGGCCAAGCCGGCUGAGGAGCCUGGGUCAGUGAAGGAGCAAGCCCCAGACUGCAUCAGACAGAUCCGCGACCUGGUGGUGGAGGUGAUAGAAGUGGAGGAGAUGGUGCAGCGCUACCCGAACAGCAGCAGCUCAUGAACCCUGCUGUCCAGACGCUUCAGCGCCAGAGAGCAGAAACACAGAGAGCGCAGAGGCUAGAGCAGCAGAGCCAGUACCAACGUGCCAGUACAAACCUACGCUUAGCAGUGGACACAGCUACCAUGCCUGGUUAUCCACAUUCUAAACGUACCUUAUUUUGAGGAUGCAAGCUCUAAGUGGCCUACCAUCAAUCAAAGUGAUUAUGUAUCCUGUAACACUGUAAUCCCCCUGGGCAGGGUCGUAAGAAUAGUACAUCUCCAUUACUCCUGACAGUGUGUAGAUAAAACCAAAAGACCAAAAAAAAAAAAACUUAAAGAAUGAUUUUCAUUUAGCCUAAGGAUUUAAGUUUUAAUUCCUUGAAGAUUUAAGUUAAUUACUUAAAGGGAUAGUAAACUCUGGGGUUUUCUCAUAUUAAUUUGUUUCGGUUGGCUCAGGCAGUUUCAUGUGCAGUGAUGGAUGUUUUAGAUACAGGCACAGGGCCGUUUGAGGGUCUAAAGCAAGAAAAUACGAAUCAAGUAGCUUGAAAGCAGUGUGUACACCGACGUUUGAAAACACUAAAAAAAACUAUCCCUUUAAGUAGAAUAAAAGUGUCAUCUGUGAGUUUCUUGACCAAGUACCAGUUUAGUCAUCUGGUAGAAAUAGUUGUAUAAUAAGAGUACUCCUUUUCUUUUUAACAUUUAUAUAAUUUAUAUUAUUCAAAUGAUUUCAUGUGAAAAUGUUACAAAUGUUUUAUGCAUCGGUGCAGUGUGAAAACAGUUUUGAAGUUAAUGAAUUACAAGUUGGGAAACUACUGGAAUGUUGUGAAAGAUACUGUAGUUUGGAAUAGGGGUAUACCACACUUCACUAAUAUUAACUUUUUUUGCAUUAAGACAACCAAAGCACAGCUCGCUUGUGUAUGUUGUGGGAUUCCUGUAAGACCCCAUAUGAUCCAUUAUGGAAAUGUUUUGACAGACUCACAUUCUACGCUGCUUACCAUGAGGAAACUGUACAUUUCCCUUCAUUAUGGGAAUGUGUUUAUACAACAUGGGCAUCUUGCCUUUGAUCUUUGACCUUGUUCUGUUGUGGUAGUUGUAAGUGCUCAUUUUCACUUUGGACCAUUUUCAGUCCAUCGCAUAUCAGAAUCUGCUGUAGAAUACACUUACUCUAUAAAAUUUCACACUGUGAAAACGGUUACACCAUACAUUAUGGUCCUAAAGUGAGAAUGAUUUUUCACAUUUUCAUGUUUCCAUUUUCAUUUCUUGACAGUUUAAAACUGUGACGUCUGCCCAAACUAUACAGUCAUCCAUGAUUGCCUGUUCAGUGGGUGUAGUUUUAUUUUUUCAUUUAAUUCUAAUCAUACUGAUUUAUGACACCCCCUACUGUGCUAUGCGAGGUGAAAGGUAGUGUGUUUGGUUGCAUUCCAAAUAGGCCCCUUGCCCCCUGUUCCCAUCUGCAAGUGAUCACUUUGUGUAGGUUUUUUUUUACCUGGGCCAUUAAAAUAACUUAUUUCAGUAGUUCAGUGAGCGGGUGGAGGCAUCUUAUCAAAUGUGACCAUCUAAUUAUCAGACAGAACUGCUGAGAUCCAUUUGGUCCAAAUUAAAGCAUUAAUAACA